AGGCCGAGAGCAGGGAUGGUGGCCGAGGAGAUGGUGGUCUCCCUGUCCGGGGGGUCCCCGUGGGGCUUCAGACUUCAGGGAGGAAAGGAGCAGCAGAAGCCUCUACAGGUGGCAAAGGUGCGCCGGCGCAGCAAAGCCUGCAGGGCGGGGCUGAAGGAGCACGACGAGCUGGUUGCCAUUGGCGACCAGAUGUGCGCGGAGCUCAGCCACGCCCAGGCCAUGAGGCUCAUCGACGCGCAGAGUGCGACGCUCCACCUGAGGGUCAAAAGAGCGCCUUCCCGCAUCUUCGCCGACGUCCUUCCCCCCGCCGCCGAGCCCGCCGGCAUCACCUCUCCCCCGGACAGCGAGGCCUACUACGGCGAGACGGACAGCGACGCCGACACGCAGUCGCACACGCUCCGCCGCCAGCGACGCACACCCCCUCACGCCCGCUCGCCUGGUCGCCAUGACAACCACCAGGAGGAGGAGACGUCUGAAAUGAGCGGGUAUGAGAGUGCCAGCGACGCAGCCCUCCUGCAGAUCCAGUGGGACGCCCACACUCCUGCCGGCGUCCCACGCAAGGACUUCAUCUACCAGCCGGACUGGACCACGCCCUCGGCCCCUCACACGCUGGCCCCCGACGGGCCCCUGACGGAAGCCGAGGGGGAAGGAGACAGCGGCUUCCAGGAGGCGGCGGGCUGCGCCGGGCCGGUCUCAUGCCCGCCCUUGGUGUCUCCCGAGCGGGCCAGGGAGGCCCUGAUGCUGGGGUCCGCUGGGAGUCCCAUGGUGCCCAUGGUGGGGCCCCAGCUGGGCCCCGUGAGCGAGGAGCUCUCCACCACCUACAUGGACAAAGCACGGCAAGCCAAGCUGCAGCGUGGCGAGAGCGUGGUGGAGAAGCAGGUGAAAGAAGCGCGCACCAAAUGCCGCUCCAUCGCCUCCCUGCUGACCGACGCGCCCAACCCUAACUCCAAAGGGGUGCUGAUGUUCAAGAAGCGGCGGCAGAGGGCCAAGAAGUACACGCUGACCUGCUUCGGCAAGGCCGAGGAGGACGAGGACCGGGGCGGGGAGACCACGGAGGAGGAGGGCGGCAGCUCCAUCCAAAGCUCCGACGUUGACGAGGAGGGCUUUUCGGCCUCCUUCGACCCCACCUGGGACAGCGGGUACUUAGACCUGUUGGACAGGAGGAGCGCCGCUUGCCCGCCGGCCGCUCCGACAACUGCCAAUCACAGCCAAGAGUUCGACGGCCCGCCUGACCAGAAUCAAACCCUAGUGGCACCUGUCAAUCAAGUCCAGAGCUUGGAGGUGUUAGGGCUAGAGAGCAUGAAGCAACCAGUCUUUCCAGCUUCCCAAAUGUCUGCUCCGAUCCUUCACAACGGGGGGGCGGUCGCCAUAAGUCGGGCUAGCGUUAAACUUAGCUCGCCCCCUUUAAGCCCCCCUCUGAAUCAAAAUGGCCGACACACCGACCUCAGUCCUUGCUCCGAUCAACACUUAAGUCCCAAUGCCUCAGCGCUCAAUCGCACCGCCCGCCCCUUCACCCCCGGCCCCACCCCUUCUCGCUCAUCCGUCACCUCCGUGAUGUUCCGCCCUUCUCAGCCUAAACCGCCCGCCGUCAUGUCGGCGAGCAAACCUGCGGCCGCUGUCUCCAUGGUGACCAUCGCGCCGACUCACUAUCCAUCCGAUGCCAAGCGAGCCGUGUCCAGCGCCUCCCUCUACAUCCCGGCUCGGAAUAACAGCGCCACCCCGUCCGUCAGCUCGCCUCCCUCAUCAUUGUCUUCACCUUCCGCCCAUCCCUUGGUGCCAGCUUCACCCGUCACCCCCCUUUCACCUCAAGGUCCCCAAACCUAUCCAUCACCUGCUCAGUCUUUCUCACCGCCCACCUUUCAUCAACCUCCCUCCCCUGGAAUUUCUGUCCCUCCCAUGUCCCAGAACCAAGCCCCCAUGCCUCGUCCUCCGCCUGUCCAUCCCUGCAUCCCUGCAGUCGCGUCCCCGGGCCCCCAUGCUGCCAUGGUAACCGCAUCUCUCCCUCAAAUCUCUGCCUCAGACUCCCUGGCCACCCGCGAACAGCGGAUCUCGGUCCCGGCGGCCCGCACCGGCAUCCUUCACGAUGCGCGGCAAAGAAGCAACAAGAAGCCGAUGUUCAGCGCGAUCCGGAGCAAAGACGUGUCACCUAACCCCGACCUGAUGUCCAUGGUCCAGAACAUGGAUGACCGCUUUGGGAGAACAGUGGGCGCAGAGCCUGGAGCUGUACCCGUUGAGGUGGGUCAUGAGUCCGGGCCCGAGGAGGACUGGUUGAGGCUGGGAGCUGAGGCUUGUAACUUCAUGCAGGCUCAACGGGUGUCCAAACCACCCCCUGUAGCUCCAAAACCCCAUACCCCUCAGGAGCCUCUGCUGGCAGGGAAAGGGGGCCAGCUGUUUGCCCGCCGCCAGAGCCGCAUGGAUCGAUACGUUGUUGAGCGAAGUCCCUCUGUCGCUCCAGCGCCAUUCUCCCCUACCCAGACCAGGGAACCCUCACCCACACCUUCACUCCCGUCCACCUGGAAGUACUCCUCAAACAUCCGGGCCCCGCCUCCCAUCAGUUACAACCCCCUCCUCUCACCCUCGUGCCCACUCAAAGCCCAAAAGAAGGCGCAGGUGACGAAGACCGGAUUGGCUGGACCCAAAGGGAAGAAAGCCGCCAAAAAGGUAGUGGACGUCAUGAACCACCAGCCCUACCAGCUGAACUCGUCUCUUUUCACCUAUGGGGGCGGCGCUCCGCUGGGUGCCUCCACCAACCAGCAGGAAGGCCGACCUCAGAAGACCGCACGAGUGUCUGAGGUGAAGCGCUUCUCCACACCCCCUCCGACUGCCACAUCCCCCGCGCUAAAAAUUAUCCAACCUCGAGCGGCCACCACUCUCGGGGAACCUAUGUGGCGUUCCGACAUGGCAUCCCCUCCGCCCCAAACUGCCCCCAAUCAACCUCAGACACCCACCCCAUCUUACCAACCUCACUGGUCCCCUGGUCCUUUGUCCCCUCCGCCCCAAACUGCCCCCUCUCAGCCUCAAGCACCCACCACCCCUUACCAACCUCACUGGUCACCAGGCCCCUUGUCCCCUCCGCCACCCCCUGCCCCUACAGUCCCCCUGCCCCAGCUCCCCACAUUUACCUUAGCCCCACACCAGGUCCCGUCCCCCUCCUUCUCCCACCUCCAGGCCUCAGCGCCCCAGCAGCAACAGGCCGACAGGCAGUUCAAAAGUGCCCCGGAUCUGAGUCCUCUCAGACCCCCUGGUGCUCCGCGGCAGACAUCCACCGGAAGCCAGUUCAGCAGAGUGCCCAGGCCCCGGUUUAGCACCUCGAACAUGGGCCUGCAGCCCUGCGUGUGGCGCCCUGGAACCACCAUGCACUGAGCCGCGUUUUUUAGUUUGUAAAUGUUGUUUUCAAGGCGGUUUCACUCUAUUACUAAAAUCUGAUCGACGUGUUUGAUUAGUCCUUGAUCCUUGAAAGGAAACCCAGUGACUGAGCAAAGAAAAAGUACGGAGGAGACCUGGAGAAAGGCGACAGGAUCAGAAAAGCAGGCGAGGAAGGAAGAAGAAACCAAAAUGAAGUGUGGCGAAUGUGGAAAAAGACUGUUUAGGAUCAGCGGAGUGAUGGCAAAAGUACUUCCUGUUGAUGGCAUAAGUACUUCCUGUUGUUGGCAUAAGUACUUCCUGUUGUUGGCAAAACAAUAUU